CAUCCCACCCGGCUGGCUCCCUUCUCAUAUCUCUUAUUAAAGUUUUCCAAACUUGGCCAAUUUAAAAGACAGCUGAGAAGAUGGCGGAUACAAGCCUGCAGAUAGUCGAGCAGCCCACCGUCAUCCCUGACACCCCUCCAGGGGAGGCUUCAGACAGCGAGCCCAUCAAAGCCGAUCAGAUCAAUGGCGUGCUGGUCCUGAGCCUGCUGGACAAGAUCAUCGGAGCCGUGGACCAGAUCCAGCUGACCCAGAAUCAGCUGGAGGCCAGGCAGCAGGAGAUGGAUAACGCGGUGACCAGCAUUCAAGGGGAACUGACCAAGUUGACCAAGUCCCAUGCCACCACCAGCAACACGGCCGUGAAACUCCUGGAGAAGGUGAGGAAGGUGAGCGUCAACGUGAAGACGGUGAGACACAACCUGGAGAGGCAGCAAGCCCAAAUCAAGAAGCUGGAGAGCAACGAGUCGGAGCUGCUGAGACGGAGAAACUUCAAAGUUAUGAUUUACCAGGAUGAAGUAAAGCUGCCUGCCAAACUCAGCAUCAGCAAGUCUUUGAAAGACACAGAGGAACAUGAAAUAGAGGGAGAAGUUCAAGAGAAUGAGAACAAGGAAGGAGAAACAGAUCAUAUCCAGCUGUCCUCUGAUGAAGAGGUAGAGAUGGAAGAAAUCAUUGAAGAGUCCAGAGCUGAACGCAUCAAGAAAAGUGGAAUGAGGAGAGUUGAUGACAUAAAGAAAGCUUUCUCAAAGGAAAAGAUGGAAAAGACCAAGGUUAAAACCAAAGAAAAUUUGGAAAAGACCAAGCAGAACCUGGAGAAGACCAGGCACAACAUUGAGAAGAAGAUGAACAAGUUUGGAACCAAGAUUGUAACAAAUGAGAGACGAGAAAAGAUGAAGACCUCCAAGGACAAGUUUAAAAAGUCCUUCACACCUGACCAUCCAGUCUAUGCCCGUUCCAAAACCGCUGUCUACAAGGUGCAUCCCUUUACCUUCUACGUGAAGAAAAUCAGGGAGGGGGAAGUAGAGGUGCAGGCCACAGAAAUGGUGGAAGUUGGAGGAGACGAUGAAGAGGAAGGAGAAGUAACCGAGCUGCUGAGAGGAGAAAGCCCUGAUCCUCAUUCCCUUCUGCAAAUCACAGAGGACAAUGAUGCUGUGCUGGCUGAGAGAAGCGACAGUGACUAGGAAGAAUACAAGAAUGACAAUCCUUCCAUCUGGACAGCUCCAUUUUAUAACCUUCUUCACAUUGCAGAUUCAAUGUAUUUCUUUUUUUUCAUAACCACACAUAUA